AUGGCGGACUCCUCGGAAGGAGAGGGGAGUAGUAGUGGGAUGGAACGAUGGCCUGGAGUCGAUCUAGAAGAUGUGAAUGAGUUGACGAGGGAAUAUAGGAGGAAGACUCAGGCCAAUACCGACCCCUAUAUGGCAUUGCUUUAUCCCGAUAAAGAUCCAUCGGAGUACUCUAGCCUGCCAUUGGCGGCCUGUGUUAUGGACUACCUACCAACCAUAUGUGCCAACUACACUGUGGAAAGAGUGAAUGCUGAGGCGUCCGGCAUAGAAGUGGACAUUGCUCGGACCAAGGAUGAGAUGGAGAGUCUUGCUGUGAACAACUACAAGGCGUUUAUAACAGCGGCUAAGGUCCUGCGUCGAGUCGAUAAAGAUGUACUUCAGGCGAGAGAGGAUCUACAGACUUUUGGGAAGGGACUUGAUCCUGUGGAAGAGUCCCUCAGUUCACUGAGAGGAAGGAAGUCGAAGGAGCUGAGCGCCAAGAAGGCUGCAUUACGACAAGUUAUGAACCACUCUGGUGUACAUGAACUACUUGAGCUGCCAGCGCUCAUUGAUGCCACUAUACGCAAUAAGCUCUAUCGGGAGGCCUUAGAGCUGCUCAGCUUUGCUGAUAAGACGCUGCAAUCCCUCACUACGGCCGUCACUGCUGACGAUGUACCGAGUAUCCUGAUAACACUGAGGCAACAGGUGGACGCGCAAAGAUCACAUCUGUUGUCAUCGCUGAUCUCCCAGCUCGGCUCGCCUCAGCUACAGCUACCUCAAGCGGUGCUUCCCACGGUACUGCCGAAUGGUGGCUCCUCGACACAGCAAGUGGAGAUGAUCAUUCGGGUGGCAUUUCUCACCCAGAGGUGUCAGUAUGUGGACCAGCAGAAGGAGAGCAUAGACGCGCAAACGAAUUCUGCAAAGGGCGAUGCAUUGCUGAACACCUUACGAGCUGCCUCGGACCUAUUACGUGCUUAUGUUUUCGAUACAGCAAUGCAGUACCGCUCUCUUUUCAACUCGCCUGAGGUCCAGGUCGAUCCUCUCGCAGUAUGGAUGAGCUCCCAAGUGUCAUGGUUCGUCUCGUUGAUAUCGAGUUUCGUCACUGUACCUGUUGAUGCCUCUGAGCAAAUACCCUUCGGUGCACUACAGUUGGCUGCACUGUAUAGGUAUUGUUCCCAUGCCUCAUCGGCACUUAGCCGUGUUGGGUGUGCGUUCAUGCCGCUCAUCGAGCCUCUCUUGGACGCCUAUUUGCAGCAGUAUAUAUGUAAAGUGUGUUUGGAACAGAUUGCUAUGGAGGACUUCAACUUGGAGAUGCAAAAGUCCCUGAGUACUUGCUUGAGUGAAGUUGCACGAUCGUUGCGCGACUUGAAGGGGACUAUAGCGUCUACAGAUGAGCCGGAGCUGCAUCGAAUGACACGCCACUUUGUCGAUAUCGUCGUUCCCGUGGUGGCUGACAUGUAUUCAAAGAUUUACGGUGAUGUUGCACAGAGUUAUUUACCGCUUAUCAGUACUGAAGUGUUGUCGGGAAUUGAGAAAGCUCGCAUCGAACCUCCUGAAGGAGUCAAUGAUUGUGGUAAGGAGCCGAAGAACGAUGCGGUGGACGAUCCGCCACCACAGAGUGGUGUUGUCACUGAUACUCCGUGA